AUGCCCCCGACCAUCAUCUUGAUCAGACACGCUGAAGCUUUACAUAAUAUCUCGAAUAAGUUUUUUUCCCUCUUCGCCGAUGCACAGAAAUCUAACCAUCCCUCACAGGACUAUACUAUUCGUGACCCGCCUCUGACAGAACUCGGAAAACAAACGCAAUGCGCAGCACUCUCCGAGUCGCUUCAAACCUUUCCUCUAUCGCAAGACAUAGGUCUCAUAGUCGUGUCCCCAAUGACACGGGCUCUUCAAACCGCAGACAACUCUCUCGGCUGGCUGAUGAACCAAGGCGUUCCUGCAAUCCCCCAGGCAGAGUGGCAGGAGAACACAGUAAACAGCAUCGACAUCGGACGUCCAGUGGCUGAACUUGAGAAGGAGUUUCCACAGUUCGACUGGACACAAAUAGAUCCUGUAUUUCCAGCAAAGGAAGGACUUUACGAAUUCUCGCAAAAGGCGCUGACUAAGCGAGGGGUUGUGGCCAGAAUAUGGCUGCACGAGCGUAAGGAGAAAGUGAUUGCUGUAAUAAGCCAUGACGGCUUCAUGCGGGUGGGAAUUUGCCAAAGGAAAUUCGGCAACGCAGAUUACAGAGUUUUUGAUUUCGAGGAGAAUGGGUUGGGACUUGUGGAAUGGAAGUCGACGGAAGAGAAAGGCGGCGGACUAGGGACGAGUCCCAAAGGCCAUUUUGGGUGGUUACCAAACGACUUCAAAUACAUGCCAAAAAAUAUAGCGACGACAACGGAGACAAACUACGAGAGCACCACGGUACUCGGUGUAUAA